GACCCUCCUCUCUCUCUCUGUACAUGGAUGGGAGCCCACAGAGACACCCAAAGCUUUUUCUCACAUACUCAAAGCUUUUUCUUUUCUAUUUCUUGCUUUCCUCUCUCUCCCACCCUGUCUUUACAUUUUGAGAGAAAGGAGUUCUCACGAAUUGCUCUCUUUUCUCUCUCUCUCUCUACAGUAGAGAGAGAGCUCUUUUCCCACUCUGCUAAAGCAAAAGGUCCCCCCUCCCCCAAAGUCCUGAUCUUUGAGGCUCUUUUGGGCUUCCUUUUUUAUCUUUACUUUUCUACUGGGUUUUCUGAUUUGCCCAAGUGGGGGCUUUCUUUUUCACUUCUCGUUGCACUCUAUAUUGAUUUUUAGCGUCUGUGGGGUUCUUGGAUCCAAAUAGGUGGGUCUUUGUUUUUGGAGAUCUGUCAUUUCUCUUUACUUUGCUCUUAUCUUUGGGUCUUUUGGCGUUUGUUGUUGUGUAUUCAGAGCUAUGAAGAAUCUACAUUUAGAUUUUACCCUACUAUUGAUGGAUUUGGAGAUGGAAAUUGUUGGGGAUGUCAAUGAUGGUGGGAGUCACGCCGUGAAAUCGGGGGUUGAGUUGAGUUAUGGGUUUUUGUAAUCUGAUCUAUUUGACUGCAUUCCGUGGAUGGCCUCAAAAUCUGGUGCCGGAACUUCUCCGGAAAAGCAGAGAAAAUUAAUCGGUAGUCAAACAACAGAAAGGAAUUUCCGCAAGCCUCCACCUUUACAGAUUACAAAGACUCACAAAUCGGAGCCAGUGACACCAAGGAAAUUACCUAAGAAUGUGCAACUAGUCACGUUAAAGCAGGUUUCUGUCGAAACCAGGGUGGAAGAAAGAUCGCUGAGCUCUCAUCAAAAGGAGUCCAACAGUUAUUUAGCUGAGAGGUUAGAUUCGACGUUAUUAUUGGGUGAGCCAAAACAAGUGCCAGCUUAUGUAGUCUCCGUGGGGAAAGAGACUAAGGGCUCAGUUGAAGGUGGGGCUGAUCCAGAAAAGAAAACUUCUGAGCAAGGAAUUAGCCCAGUUUCAGCUAAAGUCAGUGAUGGAACCAGCAGUGUUGCCAAGACUAGUGGUAGUGCCAAAAUCAGCGAUCGAGCUGAUUUUGUUGAGAGCGGGAAGAGCAGUAUCUGUAGAGGCAGCACAAGCAGUGAUGUGAGUGAUGAAAGCACUUGUAGCAGCUUAAGUAGCAGCAUCAACAAGCCUCACAAGGCAAAUGACAUACAAUGGGAAGCAAUACAGGCUGUCCGAGCAAAAGUUGGCGUAUUGGGUAUGAGUCAUUUCAGACAUCUCAAGAAGUUGGGUUGUGGGGAUAUUGGAAGCGUGUAUCUUUCAGAGUUGGCUGGAACUAAGUGCCAUUUUGCACUGAAGAUUAUGGACAAAGCAUCAUUAGCAAGCCGGAAAAAACUGCUUCGGGCGCAGACAGAAAGAGAGAUACUACAGUCUUUAGACCAUCCUUUCCUCCCGACCUUAUAUACCCAUUUUGAGACGGAAAAGUUCUCAUGCUUGGUGAUGGAGUUCUGCCCUGGAGGCGACUUGCACACGCUUCGGCAGAGGCAGCCAGGGAAGUAUUUUUCUGAACAAGCAGUAAAGUUCUAUGUAGCAGAGGUUCUCCUCGCUCUGGAGUAUCUACACAUGCUUGGAAUUGUUUACCGUGAUCUCAAGCCAGAGAAUGUACUUGUGAGGGAUGAUGGCCACAUAAUGCUUUCUGACUUUGACCUUUCCCUCCGCUGUGCGUACAUCCCUACUCUAGUCAAGUCUUCUGCACCCGAAUCUGAACCUAUGCGCAAGAACCCAGUUUAUUGUGUCCAACCAGCUUGCAUCGAGCCCUCCUGUAUUCAACCAUCAUGCGUGGCGCCUACAACAUGUUUUGGGCCUCGUCUGUUUUCAAGCAAAUCUAAGAAAGACCGGAAACCCAAGAAUGAAAUGGGAAAUCAAGUCAGUCCAUUGCCAGAGCUUAUGGCAGAGCCGACCAAUGCCCGCUCAAUGUCAUUCGUAGGGACUCACGAGUAUUUGGCACCCGAAAUUAUCAAAGGUGAAGGGCACGGCAGUGCUGUUGAUUGGUGGACUUUUGGGAUCUUUCUCUACGAGCUCUUGUUUGGUAAGACUCCUUUCAAGGGAUCAGGGAACCGAGCAACCUUAUUCAAUGUUGUGGGUCAACCGCUGCGAUUCCCAGAGUCACCAGUGGUGAGUUUUUCAGCAAGGGAUCUGAUAAGAGGGUUACUAGUGAAAGAACCCCAACAUAGGCUGGCAUAUAAGCGAGGAGCAACAGAGAUUAAGCAACACCCCUUCUUUGAAGGCGUAAACUGGGCAUUGAUUCGGUGUGCUAGCCCACCCGAGAUCCCCAAACCAAUUGAGAUCGAGCGAAUUCCAGUCUCCACGGCAUCAACUAGUGACAAAGCUGCUCCCGCUGCUUGCCCUGAUCAAAAUUAUUUAGAAUUCGAUUUCUUUUAGUUACUUCAAGAACCAAUCUUUUUUCUUUUCCUUUUCCUCUUCUUUGUGAGAAACAUGUAGAUUUUUUGAGUUGUUGGUUAUUGGAAAAUCAAUCAGUUCUUUUUAAUCCCAUAAUGACAUUAUGUUUGAUAUUUUUAUGAA